CCCUCCUCCUACGCCCUGCCCAAUCACUUACCUCCCUGUAGACCAACGCCUUCAGUCUGACCAAUGAAUAAACAGCAUGGCGAUCCUAGGGGAAUUGGGUAGGAGUGUGCUGACGGCGCUGAUCAGUGCGACUGCAACCAGGUCAUCAUGCCGUCUGUUCCCCCGCUAUCGGAAUCUGCCUCUUGUCCUCACCUCACUGACGGUCAUGUUACCAAUGGCAGUGUGGACGCAGAGCUUAGUGCAGACAGGAAGUGGAUCCGCCCGGACCUCCCCAGUAAGUGCUCCUGGAAGCUGGGAAUGUCACCAGCGGAGUCCCCACAUCACCAUGUGACCUUAGAGCCCACUCCGUCCAUCCUCCCGAGCAUCCUGCAGAAGAUCGGCCAUACGCCCCUCGUCAGGAUCAACAAGAUUGGGAAGAGGCACGGGCUCAAGUGUGAGCUGUUGGCAAAGUGUGAAUUCUUCAAUGCUGGAGGAAGUGUGAAGGACCGUAUCAGUCUACGGAUGGUAGAAGAUGCGGAGAGGGAAGGCAUUCUGAAGCCAGGAGACACCAUUAUAGAACCAACCUCAGGAAACACUGGGAUCGGCCUGGCCCUGGCGGCUGCGGUGAAGGGAUACCGUUGUAUAAUUGUGAUGCCAGAGAAGAUGAGCAUGGAGAAAGUAGACGUCCUCCGCGCUCUGGGAGCAGAGAUUGUCCGCACCCCAACCAGUGCCCGCUUUGAUUCCCCGGAAUCGCAUGUCGGGGUUGCUUGGAGACUGAAGAACGAGAUCCCCAAUUCUCAUAUUUUGGAUCAGUACCGGAACGCCAGCAAUCCUCUCGCCCACUAUGACAGCACCGCAGAGGAAAUCUUCCAGCAGUGUGAUGGACGCGUGGACAUGGUGGUGGCUGGAGCUGGCACUGGAGGGACAAUUACUGGACUUGCCCGAAAACUGAAGGAAAAGUGUCCAAACUGCAAGAUUGUGGGAGUGGAUCCGGAAGGUUCUAUUCUAGCAGAGCCAGAAGACCUGAACCACACAGACAAGACGGGAUAUGAGGUGGAAGGGAUUGGAUAUGACUUCAUCCCCACUGUACUGGACCUAAAGGUGGUUGAUAAAUGGUAUAAAUCCAAUGAUGAGGACUCCUUCUUUAUGGCCCGAGCACUGAUCAAGGAGGAAGGUCUGCUGUGCGGUGGUAGCUCUGGCAGUGCCAUGUCUGUGGCUGUAAAGGCUGCCCAAGAGCUGACAGAAGGACAGAGAUGUGUGGUGAUCCUGCCGGACUCUGUGCGGAAUUACAUGUCCAAGUUCCUAAGUGAUAAGUGGAUGACACAGAAACAGUUCCUGAAGAUGGAGGACCUGGAGGAGAGUAAACCCUGGUGGUGGAACGUCAAGGUUUCGUCACUGUCUCUUUCUGCCCCACUGACCGUCCUCCCAACUGUGAGCUGCAGCCAGACGAUCCAGCUCCUCCGAGAGAAAAGCUUUGACCAGGUUCCCAUUGUGUCCGAAUCUGGGCUUGUGCUCGGCAUGGUGACACUAGGGAACAUGCUGUCUUCUGUGCUGGCCGGGAAGGUGAAACCCUCAGAUCCUGUCUCCAAGGUCAUUUACAAGCAGUUUACACAGGUGCAUCUCAUGGACAACCUGGGGAAACUUUCCCGCAUCCUGGAGACGGAUCACUUCGCUCUGGUGGUCCAUGAGCAAAUUCAGUCAGAUCACGAAGACGGCUCCUCUAGUAAGAAGCAGAUGGUUUUCGGUGUGGUGACUGCCAUCGAUCUCCUAAAUUUUGUGACCCGGGAGCGGGAACGACGCUGCAGUGAAUCCAGUGACCGGGACCCAAGUGAAAGGAGCAGACAUUUCAGCGCUUCUUAGAUGGGAGGGUUGCCGCUGUUUGGUGGGGGUCUGAAGGUCCCUUAAUUUCAUGUCUGAUCGCUUUGUAUUUUGUAGAAGAGGUGACAAUAAACCAAUAAAUAUUA